GUCCUCCUCGUCCUUUUCUCGUUUGCAGGGGUCUAGACAAUGUUAGGAGAAAUGUGGAUCUACUCAAGAAUUGUGCCCUUAUGCUUCUAUUGGAAAGGGAGAUCCCGAAGGUGUUUGUUCCCGGAGCAGCAGGCACGGACGAGAACUUGGUCGGUGGGCAUCCUUCACCCUUGAGCACUGGAAGCCGAUCUCCUGUGUCGACUCUAGUACCCUUUCGAAGCCCGCAAAGGUCUGCAGACGUCUCUCCAUUGUCGAAUGGCAGCAGCGGAGGUAGAGGGAGCUUGGAGGGGGCUACCGCUGGGGGGGGUGCGGUAGGGGUACCACCUUCUCGCCGCGGUUGCCCUCGCUCCUGUGCUGCAGUUACACUUUUGACGACCUCAAGCAAAGGAAAUACCGACCCCUCGGGCUCUUCUUAUCCUUUCUCCAAAGGAAACACAGGUCGCGUUCUGUCGGCGUUUGGCACUUGCCUUCCCAAAGCGGGAAACGGAUGCGUAGCAGCAGGCCUAGCCCUAGCCGCCUCUUCCUCUCAAAUCUCCCAGCAGCAAAGCUCGCAAACUUCCCUACAAUCGCAUGGUAAUUUGCAGAUCACGAAGAUAUCUCAGACUGCUGACAACUCCCGCAAUUCUCUAAGUUCAGAGACCACUGAGCCUCGGCCACGUGGGGUAUCAGGAGCCACAGCAUGCGAAGCUCCCUCCCUCCCUGCCCAGCGGCAGCAGCAGCAGCAGCACACUUCCUUGGCUUUCCCAUCGACUGCGUCGGAGGCUAGAGUGCCGGAUGCUUCUUCCGCAUCUGCCCUCAGCUGUGCGAGCACCGUCCGGUCUCGCGUGGCUAUGUUCGAGCAAGCAGCCUCGCUAGCAAUGACCUGCAGUCGGCAGGGCGUGUCGGAGUCCCUCAGGGCUUUCGAUGCUCGCACCGCUAGGCGGCCUCCGGCCUUGCAGGCGGAAGCAGAUCCCUUGCGUGGGGUUGUAGCCUGCAGACUGACACAUGCAGGUCGGACUAACAACGCCGCCAACCUUUCUGCUGCGGGUAAUGCCGUCCGUCCUGAUGGACUUGCGAGUGCAAUGGGAGGGGGAGGGGGAGGAGGAGGGGGAGGUGGUGCUUCUGCUGCGCUCGUUGUUGGCGUCAAGAUGUCCGUCGACGACAGUGCUCUUCCGGAAGUGGGAAGGAAACAUGACGACUCCCUCCAUGAUGGCUGCUCGGGCAUUGCGAGCAACAAUGGGCUUUCCAUCGUUGCAGCCCAAGGUGGAGGGCCAUCCACCAGAGUCUCAAGACAUCGACGGUUCGCCUCUUGGUCCCAUUCCCGAGAUCUGCCGCAGUUCGAGGACAUUAGAAUCGCCGAAGGAAACGCCGCCAAGGAGCGAGAGGAUGACGUGCUGGCCGUUGACGUCAACAGCCUUGCUCGUCGUCCCACUGCAAUCAAGGAGGUGGAGGUGGAGGCCCCGUUGCACCGAACAGGCUUUUGUAAUGACGUCAACGUAAAGGGGGGCUUGUCGAAGAAGGUGAUGAUGCCGAACGGGAACUGUCUUCCGACCGUCGAAGAGCUGAUACCGGAUGUCCUCCAGAACGCAAUUUCGUUGACGUCAUCGGGUGUGGCGACGACGAACGUGUCUGCUGGUUCGGUGGCCACGACGGUGAGCAGCGGAGGCAGCUCCCCGGUGGGAAGUCAUGCUAGCUUCUUCUCGAACGACAUGGCCACCUCCUCCAUGUACACGUCGUCCUUGUCGGUAUCUCCGUUAUCGUCGACAACAGAAGAAUCGACAAAACGUGGGAGAAGAGAGGAGUGCCGAGAAAGAGGAGAGAGAGGGCAAAGAGGAGAAAAAGAGGAGGAGAACAAUGCAGAGAGUGGAAGUCAAAACGGUUUGGCAGAUUACGGUAUGCACAAGGAGCGCAGGAGUCAAAUCAACUUAACGACCGCCGGCGUCAGUUCGAGACCUCCUCGAUCGUCAGGUCUCGCUUCAGGUGGAGCUUUUACCCUUGGAAGCAGGAAGAGUGCCAUAGGAGGAGGAGGAGGAGAGGAGGAGGGGGGCCUAUCAUCGAGAUCUCAGGGAAUGGCUAUGCCUGCAACCUCUUCUUCGUCCUCAGGUACCAGCUCCUUGUCCGCACUGGAUCUUGGUGGGCGGGUUGGGUAUUCUUCUGGGCACGAGCAACGACUACCUAGGCAGCCACAGCGUCCUCAGGAACUGAAAGAGUCAUCUCACCCUUCGCUGAUAUCAGAUAUGUCCUCCUACCUCCUCUCCUCCUCCUCUGAGUACGCUCCUAGCAGCCUCCCAUCCUGCCUCGGAGGAGACAGGAAGCGCAGCUUCGUCUCCAAGUCCUACCAGACUUCGACUACCUCUGUCACACAAAUCGAGGCGGUUACAAACGUGGUAGGUUUUCAUGUCGGAGAGAAUAUUCCAGAAGGUGGCUCGACGACUGCUGUUGCUCCAUCUCAGCGGUCGGGAUACGGACUAUCUGUCUACAGCAAUGGCCCUCACGCUGGGAUCUCAAAGCUGCCAAGUGCUGCAAAUCUGGGCAAUCCAUAUGCGCCCACCCCUCUUUCAGAGAGGAACGGGGGUCCACCUCCACAAUCGCAUCUCUUGCCCCCAAGGUCAGCAGCGGCGCUAGGGCUAGGACUAGGGAUAGGAGGAGGAGGAGGAGGAGGGAAGGCCUCCACUCAUUCUAGAUCGACCAGGUUCGAAGAACUCGACGAUGAAUUUGAUCUGCCUUUUGUACAAGAUGCACGCGAUGUCGUUCAUGCGCAGCUCAAGGCAGAAAUGGACAGGAGCUUGUGGGGUGGGAAGAGGAUCGCCAUAAGUUACAACGGACAGCCUCUCAACGUGAAGGAGGAGAAUGCACUUCUCCGAGAAUCUGUAGGAGAUUCAUUCGCUUUCGAUGCAUCGGGCAAACCCACCUUCACCAUACUGCUGGAGCCAUCCUCCUUCACGCUGGAGCUUGUUAGGACAUGUGACACGCUGGUGGCGUCCAAAGUGCGCAACUUCGGCGGCAGGUCUUCAUGGCAGCCUACUGUAAUCUCAAGGAACGGAGAGCCGGAGGCGAUAAGAAUCAGAAUUGGAACUGCCGGAGUCAAGGGUUCGGCCACCUAUACAACUGGGUUUUUCCGCCGAAGGCCCUUCGGUCUGUCGCUGGAGAGGCUAGCUGUGAACUGUGUCGAUCCGUCUGUCUUCAGGGAGAUCCUUCCCACCGGCUCGUUGGUUGACGUCAUCUUCAGUUUCGAAGCGUAUGACUUCCAAGGCUACACGGGAGUCCGACUGCUGGCGCACAAGAUCACACUCAUUUAGACUAUACAUUCGUGUAUAGUCGUAGCUAAAGUCGUAUAGUGUACGAAGCGCUAGCGCG